CGUCCGUUUAAUCUACCGCUUAAACCGAGAUCGGUCAGAUAUAAUUUAAGAUCGCGAGUACAAACACAACAAAAUUCAGUUAAGGAUGAUGAUCAGCAGGCGGUGUUUGUUAGUUUUCGCGAUUAUCGCUUGCUACUGCGUUAAAGAAAACGCAGCACGUAAGUAGAUAUUAUUACUUGUUUUUAAUAAUUACAUCUCCUGAAAUAUGUUAUUAUAAAAGGUUCAAUUAUUUUUUUCUAUGUUUGCUAGAGUUGUUUGUAUGAUUGUAUCAAUCUCUGUAUUAUUUUGCAUUCUUUGUAUCAAAAGGUUGAUCAACUGGGAAAACAGAGCGUGGAACGGCAUGUCGAACGCCAAAUGGACAUGUUGCAACUUGCACAUCAAUAUUCGAAUGUACCCGAUUCGUGUCUGCCAUUCAAAAUAGAGUAAGAAGCCAAAUUCGGUUCAUACAACAGUCCCAAUGCGGAUGGGACACCAACGCAUUGGUGUGCUGUGGAAAUGAAGUAGACUUCAUAACCAAAGCACCUGCUGAAUCGUUAGAUAAUAGGAUGAUGACGAACAAUUUCAUCAAAAACCGAGCCAUUCCUUCCAGAUCUUCCUGUGGAUUUCAAGAUUCCGACAACAAAGUCGAAGGUUUUAUAGUCGGUGGAAAAGAAACCCAAAUCGACGAAUUUCCUUGGAUGGCAAGCUUGGGAUAUACCGACUCGCGUGGUAACAGGAAAUGGGCUUGUGGAGGUACUCUGAUUAGUCCCAGAUACGUUCUGACGGCUGCGCAUUGCGUUGUUGGCGAGGUGGAAAGGCGAGUUGGAAGAUUAUCAGUGAUUAAACUGGGCGAACACGAUACUAAAACCGAAGUCGAUUGUAUCAAAUCGAAAUGCAACGAUGCACCUGUCACUGUCAACGUUGAGCAAGUAAUCACCCAUCCAGGUUACGAUCAAUCUGUGAAUAGCCCCAACGAUAUAGCCCUCGUAAGGCUCGACAGAAGCGUACAUUACACAAAGUACAUCAGACCUAUUUGCUUGCCCGAACUCAACGAAGCAACGAGUGCAGGAGUAAACAUUACAACUGCCGGAUGGGGAAGAACUGAAUACGGUGUCCCGUCGACCGUUCUUCUUAAAGUCGACAUUCCUGUUGUUAAUAAAGUGGUGUGCAGUCGGCAAUAUUUGGCCCAAGGGGUCAACCUAGUCGAUUCACAGAUAUGCGCCGGUGGCGAAGGUGGGAAAGACUCCUGCUCAGGCGACAGUGGCGGCCCGUUGAUGAGAAGAUCUGAUUCCAACAUCUUGCAAUGGUUCCAGGAAGGAAUUGUUUCGUUUGGAUCAUUGCGAUGUGGAAUAAAAGGUCUACCGGCCGUCUAUACCAAAGUUUCCAGUUUUGUUCAAUGGAUUCACAGCACCAUUCGAGAUUAAACUGAAUAUUCUAAUAUUUCAAUGUUAUUAAAUCAACUUCCAUAAAUUUGUCUGACCG